GGGAGACCGAGUGGCCGGACGAGUGGGUUGUUGUGGCGCCGCGACGCACUAGUGGGAAGAAGAGGCAGCGUUCGUCCUCUCUUGUGCUGUUUAUUUACCCUUUUUAUCAUCUCACCACCAUGAACAAGAUCAAGACAGUUGCUGAAGUGAUACAGGAAGACAAUGAGAAAAGUGUCAUGAAUGGAACAUCAGAUGAAACAGUGACCGAAGAGGAAGAAAAGACAGUCCCUGCCAGCAAGAUGAAGAAGGAAAAGAAGGGUGCAGAGGAAAAGGUUGUAAAUGGUACAGACAAAAGUGUAGAACAGACAACCAGCAAAGAUAAUGAUUCAAGUGAAGGUCAGAACUCUACCAAAGAUACAGACAGUAAAGAUGACUCAAAAGCUGAAAAGACAGAUGGUGUUGCUAAGAUAGAAGCUGAUGACAGUAGUGAAAAAAAUACAGAAAAGGACACCAUUGCUGAUGGUAGUGAAGCUAAGACAGAAGCAAAAACUAAAGAAGUUAAAGACAGUGAUAAUGGGGACAGCCAUGUAUUUCAGACAGAUAAUAUAAAACAGGAAGAGCCUCUGAAGGAAAAUGAGGAAAGUGAUAAAGAGAAAACAGAAGAAUUGUCAAAGGAAACUCCUGAGAGUACAGAGGCAGAAAAAACAGAAGAGGUAAAGAAAAAUGCUGAAAAUUCAGGAGUUGAAGGAGAGCCAGUUAUUAAGGAGGAAAAGGAAGAAUCUAAAGAGGCUAGCAAGGAAACUCUACAGGCUUCAAAGACUCCUACCCCAGCAGGCAGAAGAAAGGUUGUAGCGAAGAAAAGGAAGGGUGCUGCUGCAGAGGUCAAAAGUCCACGAAAGCCAGCUAAAGUUAUGGAUGAGUCGGGUGGUGUACCACUGCCUGAAGGCUGGUCCAGGGUAGUGGUACAGCGUGCCAGUGGAGCAUCAGCUGGAAAGUUUGACGUUUAUUAUUUCAGUCCUCUUGGCAAGAAACUACGGUCAAGGAUUGAAGUUGCCAAACACUGUGAAGAAAACGAGCUUCAGGUGGAUAUGGACAUGAUUUUGUUCACCCACAAGAAGCCUGGUAUGGGGACUCCAAUUCAGGGGGUGAAACCUGCUGGAAUCAAGACACCCAAGACUGCCACACCCAAGACACCCAAGACCCCAAAGACACCUAAAGCUCCCAAGGCUGAACCGAACAGAAAGAGGAAGUUAGGAGACAAAAGUGAGGCCCCACUGCCUAAGCGAGCCAAGAAAGAUGACCGCAAGAGUGCGUAUUUCAAAGCGAAGGGAGACAAAUUAAACAGAGUAAAACUAAAAUCUGGUGCACGAUGGACUCCACCUCGCUCCCCAUUCAACUUGUUCCAAGAGUCCCUCUACCAUGACCCGUGGAAGCUCUUGGUUGGCACAAUAUUCCUCAAUAGAACUACUGGAGAAGAAGCACUUGGAAAAAACAUUCUGUGGCAGUUUCUGGAGAGAUGGCCCACCCCAGAAGAUACUAUCAAGGCUUCUUGGGAGGAGAUGGCUGCUCUUAUACAACCUCUUGGGCUACAUGAGAAAAGAGCGAAGAUGAUCAUUAGAUUUUCAGAGGAAUAUCUAACGAAGGAAUGGGUAUAUCCCAAAGAACUUCAUGGCAUAGGAAAAUAUGGAAAUGACUCCUACAGAAUCUUCUGCGUCAAUGAGUGGCGCAAAAUCAAACCGUCAGACCACAUGCUGAAUUUUUACAUUGACUGGCUUUGGGACAACCACCGGCAUUUGGGAAUAGAGUAGUGUCUCACACUUUUCCUCAUAAUGUAUCCCAUCCCUGAACAAAGUGUGAUUUCACUGUAGUGUGUACAAAAACAGACUUAGGUGUUUGGGAUGACAGAUUGUAAGGAAACCAUCUCUCAUUUCAGACAAAUACUUUUACUAAAAAAUUAGUUUUAUAUUUUCUGUUUAUUAUGGUAGGAUGUUUUAUUAUACGAUUGAAUACAAAUGGUAUGUCAAGGACAUUACUGAGUUUUCAGCAGAAUGUGAAUAGGGGAACAAUGGAAUCUAUUAAGAAUUGGUUGUUGGCAUAGUGAUAAAAUUCUACUGUUGGUUCAAGUCCUUGGGAACAAUUUUUCCAUUCACUUACUGUUUUAAGUUUGUGUAAUCUAAUGAAAGAGGCUUUAAUGUCAGUCUCUCUCUCUCUCUCUCUCUCUCUCUCUCUCUCUCUCUCUCUCUCUCUCUCUCUCUCUCUCAUCAGGAUUAAGAGAAUUCAGUAGCUUGAAUUUGCUUUUAUUUGUACCAUCAAGUGUUGUAAGUUAACCUUCUUCCAUCUCCCCUUUGUUUCAAUCAAUUAUCAGUUUCAGUCAAAUUUUUAAAUAAUUCAGAAUUGCUUUAUCAAUAUUCUAGGAGACUUACAGUGGUUGCAUAAAUUAAUAAGAAUUAAAAACUAAUUUUGUAGAUGUGGGCAUUUGUCUUUAUUGUUUUAAAGCCCUGACAAUAUUUUUAGACAAAGCCACUCUGGUCUGGUGAGGAUAAUAUCAACACUAUUAUGCAUAUUCCUAAGGCAGAUUACUUGAACUGCCUGUAAAAGAUUUGCCCGCUAGUUUUUAUUUUUAUUUUAUUUUAUGUUGUACUGUCCCUAAAUAUAAAUGAAGUGGAGAGCAGUAAUUUCAUAUGCAUUUUGGAACUUAAUAAUAAGAGAUCAUUUUAGGGGAUGGGGGAAGGGGAAACAUUGAUGUAUAAUAUUUAUCCAAUUUAUUUCUGCCUUAUGAAAAUCUCUCUCUCUCUCUCUCUCUCUCUCUCUCUCUCUCUCUCCACACACACACACGAAUAGUUCUACCAUACAUUUGUGAUGAAAAUAGAUUCAACAUUGAUUCUCAUUUAUUCAAGAGAAACUAAUUAUUGCUAUUUUUCUAUAUUGGUGUUCUAUAGGUAAUUGUAUGAAUUUAUGUAUAUGCCAUCCAAAUAAGAGGAUCUGAGCAUUUUAUCCAGCAAAAUAAUCUAUGUUAUUUAAAUAGUCUUUUGGGGUAUGAGCAUACAAAACUAUUUUCUCACAUGUAUUGUUCUACUUUCAUUCCAUGUACCCUGAUAGAAAGUUUCUCAGUAUGUCUAUAUUAGAAUUAAAUAAAAUACUUGAGUAUUCCUGAUGCUGAAAACAAA